AUGACAGGGAAAUGUGCAAAAUGCCCCAAUGAGUGGCUACUAGAAAUUACAGCAGAUGCACCUCUGCAUGAAACAAUGAGUUGGUGUCAGUGAGAAGGAGUAACACACACCAUGCCAGGGAAACGAUGAAAAGGUCAGCAACAGCUAGGUUACAAGGAUGCUGAAGGUCCUUAAAGAGAGCAUAAUUGAGGAGGCUAUAACAUCCCUAAUGAAGAAGACGCCUCAUUAUUUGCAGCACGUCUUCAUCCAUAGAAAACAGACCAAAUUUUUCCAGGAGAAAGUCCAAAAUCCUAAUGUCAAAGAGGCAGUUGUUCAGAUUGAUUUUGCAGAUAAUUACACUUGCUUUCAACAAGAUGAAAUUCAACCAGCCUGCUGGAGUCAAGAACAAGUGACUCACUUCCCUGUGGCGAUCUGGGCCAAAACUGGUGAAAACAAGGCCAUUUGUAAUUCCUAUGCCAUUGUCUCCAAAGUCACAAAAGGCAAAGGUCCACUUCUUGAGAAGGACAUGAUUUUUGUUCCACUUAACCAACAUUCAUUGCACUGGUACUUCCUUGCUGUGUUUCCAAGCAAGAAGUGCAUUCUAGUACUUGACAGCAAGAGUGGGGAUUUUGUUAAAUCAACUGCUUUCCAGUCAGCUAAGAAGAUGAUGUCAUUUCUGGUUGAUGUUGACAAUACUAUUGAUGUUAGCCAGAGGGAGUUUUACUCCAGUAAAGCAAAGGAGAUUCCACAACAGCAUAAUGACUUUGAUUGUGGUGUUAUUGUAUGCCUGUAUGCCACAUGUUUAGCCAGUAGUAAGAUGCUGACCCAAAGCAGUAUUCAAGAAUUCAGGAAAGCCAUGACCUUGGGACACCAUGACAAAGUUCUGCACUCUAUACCACCAACAGGGUUCUCGCCCAGAGAUGGUAGAGUGCUUGAAGCAAGUGCGCUAUUUGUAAAAAUCAAGUUUCUUCACAAAGUUGGUGCAAACACAUUUGAUUGGCCAGAAAGGGAUGACUAA